UACGCUGCCCACAAAUGUUGUCUAUCUUGCUCUCUAGGUUUCGUUUAUCUCUGUCAAUAUCCUCGCUCUUCUCUGGCUUGAGUCUGAUUUUCAGGGAGGAGCUGCAACUCUUUAGACGACCAAGACAACAACAGCGCAAGACAACAGCAGGACUGAAGGAGAGUUAAUUAUGGAUCCAGCAUCUCACCCAGAACAGCCAUCAGUUGUUAAUGAACAGGCGCUGAACUCAUCAGGCAGAUCCUUGACUGCAGCUGUUUGUCUGCGCCGCUUCCUUUGUCAUGGCUUUGAAACCGCCACAUACAACACUAAAGAGCGUCCACUGGGCAUUGAAAAUGCCCUGUUCCUAAUGCAGUUCAUUGAGGGUGGACAGGGUGGUGAGGUGGUGGAGGAGAUCAGACGCCUGAAUUCAGAGGGCCACACCGUCCGACCCAACCCCAGCCUGUUUGCCCUGGCUGUCUGUUCGCAGCACACAGAUCACAACACCAGAGAGAGUGCUUUACGGGCGCUGAAGGAUCUUUGUCAAGCACCCGCACAGCUCUUCACAUUUGUGCAGUAUAAAAAAGAGCUGAAAGAGGGAUCUGGGAUAUGGGGUCGAGCUCUGCGGGCCGUGACAGAUUGGUACAACAGCCAAGAUGGCUUGAUCCUGGCGCAGGCCAUGACCAAGUGCAAGUACAGAGCAGGCUGGUCUCACAAGGACCUUCUUAGACUGUGCCACAUGAGGCCAAAAAAUGAUAGUGAGUGUCUUUUAGUGUCAGACUGUUGGAAAGGAGUUCAGGAAGCGUAUGGUGAUAAAGAGUAGUCGGAGGAUGUGCAGAAGGUUUUUGCAUAUCUGGAGGCUGUGGAAAGAGCCAAGCACUCUACUGAUGAGCUGGAGAUCAUUCAUCUUAUAGAGGAGCAUCGGCUAGAGAAAGAGCAGAUUCUAACCAACCACCUGAAGUCCAAAGAGGUAUUGAAAGCUUUGCUGAAAGAGAUGCCCCUGCUUGUUCUAAUGAAGCAUUUAGGGAAGUUGACAGCGGACAAAGUUCUGACACCAGGAAGUUCAGAUGUUGCAGCUGUUUGUGAGAGGAUUCAGGAUGCGACGGCUCUGAAGAAGGCCAAAACACACCCGUUCAAUGUUCUCGCGGUAUCUGAAAACUAUAAGCGAGGUCACGGGAAGCGUGGCAAAUUGAAAUGGGAGCCAGACUGCGACAUCAUUCAAGCCCUGGACCGUGCCUUCUGCAAAAGUAUUUCUAAUGUGGAGUCCACAGGCAAGCAAUUUCUGGUGGCAGUUGAUGUAAGUUCUUCACAGAGCAGUGUGGCCGACGGCAGCUCCAUCGGCACUGUGGCAAUAGCAGCAGCAAUGUGUAUGGUAUUUGCACAAACGGAGCCAAACACAAAGGUUGUGGUCUUCUCUGAUGGAGCUGUGGUUCCCUGUGACAUAUCUUCUGAUAUGUCUCUAAUGCAGGCAGCAGCACAGCUCAUCCAGACUCCUGGUGUUAGUACAGACUGUGCCUUGCUCAUUACCUGGGCCUCAGAGAAUGAUAAAACUGUGGAUAUCUUCAUCAUUUUCACUAAUAAUCAAACCUUUAAGAGGGCAAAUCCAGCAGAGACACUUCAGACAUAUAGACAAAAAACUGGUAUAUUUUCCAAACUGAUUGUGUGCGGGAUGAUUGCUAGUUCCCUAGCCAUCGCUGACCCUGAAGACCGCGGCAUGCUCGACAUAUGUGGCUUUGACUCUCGAGUUGUCGACGUCAUCCGUAACAUUGUACUUGAUGCCAUUUAAAAUGAUAUUUUAACGUAGUUUGUAGCAUGAAGUACAUUCUCAAAGGAAGUAAGCAGCGUUGCACCGCUCCUUGGUAGAACAUGCAAAAAGACAUAUUAUGUCAUAUGUUUUUGCCUUUUGGAAACAUGGUAUAAACCAAUAUACAGCAAGCUGGACUAGAUUCAAAGAAAAUCAUGGAGAGCAAAUGAAUGAAAAGAUAAUUUUAUAAUUUCUUUUAUUUUUUAUUUACCUGGUCCAGUUGCAAGUUGAAAAUGUUUUGCUUUUUCCCAAUAGCAUAGUUCAUGUCAAAUAGGAUUUUACAAGUACUUGUUUAGUUUUAAGUUGAAAAAUGUUUGUCACAGACCUUCAUUGGAUGUAAUGUUCUGCUGUAUCUUUAGAGGCCUUGCUUAUGUGUAAAGAUUAUUUUCUUUAUUCGUGUCUUGUUUUGUAGUGUGUAUAAAUGUGAGGUUCUUAGGGGAGUAGUUCACACAAAUAUCCAACCGGCAUGAAUUUAUUCUUCUGUGGAACACAAAGAGAGAUGUCAGGAGGGAUGUUAGCCUCAGUCACCAUUCACUUUCAUUGUAGUGUGUGUAAGUGAUGACAGAAUUGUCAUUUUUGGGUGAACAGUCCCUUACAGUGCACCAUCAUUAUUCUACAAAAACUUAAAUACAAAUAAAACGGAGCAAAAUAAGUUUGCAAAGUCAAGAGAAAUCUGAUAUUCUCAAAAAACCCAUCUAGCCUAAAUGACUAGACUCGUCAGUAAUGCUUUCAUGUUGAAAGUGAUUUGUUGCCCAGUAACUUGAUAUAUGAAAUCAAAUAACCUUUUAUUAUGAUUCAAGAGAGGCUUGACUCUCAAGUCUGUUUAAGUUUAAUUGUUUAAUACAUUUUUAAUACAUACGUUUAAUACAGGUUUAUGACCUCAUAAGGUCUUUUAGCACAGCAUUAUAUGAUUAUAUAAAUGACUUAAUACAAGAAUUGUAGUUUUUAAAGCCAAAAAUACUGUU